ACACUGAAAUGAGGAAAAAGGCUAAGAAUGAUUUUGAGAAAGACUUUUUUAAACUUAUGAACAAUGCUAUUUUUGGUUUUUUUAAACUUUUAUAAACUUAUUAAACUUUUUUCAAAAAAAAAAAAAUUUCUUUAAUGUUUUUUUAAUUUUUUUUUUUCUAGGGAAGACUAUGCAGUCCAAGAGAAAGGAGAUGAAGAUGGAGUUGGUAUCAUGUGAGAGGAGGUUACAGAAGUUGAUUAACAAAUGCACAUUUAAACAUUGUACUAAUUAUAAUGAGAACCUUAACGCUGUUGCUUUAGAAAACAAAUUGAUUAAAUUUGAUAAACCUAUUUGUAUUGGAUUUGCGGUGCUAGACAUUUCAAAAACUUUAAUGUACGAUUACCAUUAUAAUGUAAUGAAGAAAUUCUACAGAGACAAAAUUGAACUAAAGUACACCGACACAGAUUCACUAGUGUAUCAUAUCAAGACAGAUGACUAUUAUGCAGACUUGGCUGCUAACCCUAGCUUGUUGAACCGUAUGGACACUGCCAACCUUCCCAGUGCCCACCCAUGUUAUGUGGCAGAUAGGAAGAAGAGCCCAGGGUUCUUCUCUGAUGAGGUAGACGGUAAUAUAAUUACCGAGUUUUGUGCGUUGAGAGCGAAAUUAUAUGCGUUUGAGGUAUAUGCUGGAGAAGAGGAUGAGGGGAAAAGUAAAGAGGACAGAGUAGGAGGAGAGAAAAUUAAAGCAAAGGGUAUCAAAGCUCAUGUAGUUAAAAACCAUAUGACUCUUGAGGACUAUAGAAAGUGUUUGUUUGGUGAAGCUGGAGUGGGAGGCAUACAAGGAGAAUGUAUCGAUACGAUCGUUCAACCACCAGCUAGUGACGAUCAAGACAAAAAAUUGACAUACAACAGUUACGAUGACAAGAGUGUGGUGUUAGAAGACAAAAUAAAUACAUUAGCCCACGGACAUUACAGUAUAGAGAGAGAUGAACCAGAGGACGAUUAGCCCAAAUUAGACGAAGAACAGAACUGGAACGUUCUACAUUACUUUUCUUGAUUUUAUA